CCCAUAUUAUUUACAAGAGAGUAAACCCUGCUAAAACGGUUUAGCUUAUCCUUAGUGCCCGUAGUUUGGCUCACUCUUGUGAAGAGAGUGGAGGCUUUUAGACUUUUUACUACACUGGUGAAUUCACAUACAUGGCAAGACUCCCAUGUUUGCAGCAUUUUUUAGUAAAAUCCAUCCCCUAAAAUACAAUGGGCAUAUUUCAACGCCAUUUGUUGAUUUUUACGAUGUAAAUUAAUUAUUAUAAUUUAUUUUUAUAUUUCUAUUUUUGUAAAAAAUUAUUAUUGGCGUUUUGGUCUUUCAACUCUCACUUUGCUUUCACUUUUUUUCCUUGUCCAGAUUUAAUCUAUUAUUUUCUCCUUUGCUUUUUGACCGUCCGUUAGUUAAUUUUUUCUCGUCAUUUGAUAUCCGGAUGCUCCCUUGUGCUUUAAGCCAAAUGCAACUAACUCGUUCGGCUCUCAGUUUUUAUACGAGUUUUUGGCUUUAGCAAGGAGCCAAAGGACAAAAGACUGAGAUCAGUUCAGUUCAGUGGUUUGGUUGGUUGGUUGCUUUUGGUCUUCGAUGGCCUGCUGCCUCCUACUACAACUAUUUUACAUUUCAUUACUCACAAAAUAAUAAUAUCACCAACUCACAAGAGUCCGAUUGCUAAUUUACUUUCUUCUCGCAAGCCGAGUAUUUACUCAGAAUAAUUGGACUGCGAGAAAAAAUUUAAACCAAUUGUACAAUUACACAAAACAAAAAGUUGCUGAAAGAUUUUACAUGUUAUGCAAGGAAAGCAUAAAUUUAGGAACGUGAGAUUUUAAUUUAGUAAAACAUUCUUUAAUUAAUGUGUGAAAAAGAUUACAACUCUAACUCUGUGGCAAAAUUCCACCGUGAAAGUGUUUUUAUACAGUAGAAAAUAAUUUUAUACCUUAGUUUUUUAGGACUGAAUUAAAGUAUGGACACAAAUUAUGGAUUUUAAAGGGUGAAAAUUUUGUUAAUUUGGAUUUUUAGUUUUAGUUAUGAAUUAUUUGUUUCAUCGGUUUAAAGUUUGAGUUAGUUGCAGUUUGUGUUACAAGGUGAAUAAAUAAAUAGUUCCUACUUCGACUGGGAUUCAUUUCUUUGUCUUUAUGAAAUUAACUCAUUGUUAAAAACGUAGUGUCCUGCGAUUAAAAUAGCUGGUUAUCAUCAUGGCUGCGAGUGAUGACGAGCCAAUGCAUCUCUAUGAAGUGUUCCAAAAUUGUUUUAACAAGAUUGCAAAUAAACAGCCACAAGUAGAGAAGGGGCCGUACUCGCAGGGGGGGAAUUAUGGGGUGGACAACAACGGGAUGGGGGGUUACGCCCCCUCGCCGUAUGCCGGGGGUGGUGGUGUGGAUGACCAGUCCUCCUUCGGCCCAGAGUCGCCUUUCUACAACCCUUUCCCGUCCUCCCAACAGCAGCGGCGGAUCAUUCCGUCGUCGUCGUCGUCGUCCCAUCCUCAGCUGCCAGGAAGUGUCAAAAGGAAGAAAGAGGGGAUGGAGGGCAGCCUAGAUCCUGGAGAUGGACAACAGCAGAACUGGUUUGGUGCUGAAGACUUUCAAGAUUCGCCACGGUAUGCUUCGCCGAAAGGGUCAGCUCUCUAUCCUGAAUCCAACUACUUCCUCGACGGGACGGGUGGCGUGGACUGGGGGAAUCCUGGGGGUGGUCCUGGUGGUGGGGGUGGCAACAAUUACUACAACUCACCCUCCAUGAUCCCACCCCAUUUGUCGCAAUCAUAUCCAGCAAACGGGGGGAGUUCCAUGCACGGAGGUGACCCCAUGCAUGGCGGGUAUCCACCAAAUGGUGACCUCUCCCUCCCACCAAUGUCGUCCUUCCGCCCGAACGGCCCCCCCUCGCAGCAGCAGCAGCAGCAGCACCCAUCCCAACCCAACAAUAACAACAAUGCGUCCAGUCCUCUCUACAACAAUCACCACAGCCCUGCAGUACCACAACACUCACACCCAUCCCAUCCUCACUCAGCUCCUGGGGAUACGGUGGGCAAAGCCUUGGCCUCGAUUUAUCCUACGGAUCAUAGUGCGAGUAGCUCGAGUCCGACCACGCCCGUGAACUCGCCGCCCCCUUUGACCUCCGCCACGGCGGGGUCAGGGUGGGGUGGGGGCAGUUCUGUAACACCCUUCACCCCUCUUAACCACACGCCUAACUCGCCUGGGGGAUUCCCUUCUCAUGACAGGGCCUUACAUCACAUGCCUGUGCCUGAACAGCAACGUUUGGAUGAUGUGAUCGGUAUUCUGCGCGAUCAGAAUGAGGGUUCAAGAACGGAGUUGGACGACGCUAUAAACGUGUUAAGAAAUCACGCAGAAAGUCCACACCCCUCGUUUCAUGGUUUGACUGUCCCACCUCAUAUCGCAGCUCAGCAACAUUCCAAUGGACUUUUGGCCUACCCACCUCCCAUGGACACACACUUGAGCCCUCACAGCAAUGCGAGCUCGAUAGGUCCCGGAGGUUACGGUCCACCCAUGCCAACUCAUUCUUCUUCCACGCUCGACCUGAAUGCCGACGCUCUUCACACGAAACCCUCUCGUCCACCACCCAAUACAUCGAAAGGAAAGAAACGCAAAGAACUCGCGGCUGCAGGUGGUGGGGUUGCGGACAUCAAACCUGAUUUGGGAGGGCUGGGUUCCAAUAAUAGUAGUGCAAGUACAAGUUCUUCCACAUCUUCUGGGCCAAAAAAUGCAAAGAGAUCAAGACGAUAUGAAGAGCAGGACCCACUUACGGAUGAUCCCGAAGAUGAAGAAGGGCUUGACCCCGACACCAAAUUGCAACGGGAAAGGGAACGACGUCAGGCAAAUAAUGCAAGAGAAAGAAUCCGUAUCCGAGAUAUUAACGAGGCCCUGAAAGAAUUGGGUCGCAUGUGUAUGCAACAUUUGAAGUCGGAUAAGCCUCAAACCAAGCUUGGAAUAUUAAAUAUGGCGGUUGAAGUAAUAAUGCAAUUAGAACAGCAAGUUAGAGAGCGUAACCUUAAUCCCAAAGCAGCUUGUUUAAAGCGGAGAGAAGAGGAGAAAGCAGAGGACGGACCAAAGCUCGGCGGCCACCCUCUCGGACCACCCCCACAUUUGGCGCCUCCCUUCCCCAUGCAAGUUCCUGUGAGCUAUCCUAACUCUGAAACAAUGGGACUUCCGACGUGAACAAAAGUGCCACGCAGCUUGGACAUUAACUAACAUUAUAGAUAACUUGUGAAUUUUUUGAUGACAGCUCACUUUAUUACUACCACUUAUUAUAAUACAAGUAGAGUGAAAACGACUCUACUCAAGCAACUCUUUUGGGUCUUAUAAUUCGUAACAAAACAAUGGUCGUAUCUUCCAGUGGAAUUUAAUGAAAGCAACUUUAGCAGCGAUUGGAUAGAAUUCAAAAAGUUCAAAAUAUAUGAGACACAGACAGCUAUUAUGUAUCAUCAUUAUCUUCAUCAUCAUCAAAACAAUUAAGAUCGUCAUCAUCAUUAGCGAUUAAGUAAUACUUGAUAAGUAAUUUGUACGGGAAGGAUACACACAUAUAUACAUAAACAGUUGUACAGACAGACAUUAUUUCUACGUAAAUAAGACGGUACUCUUUCUGGUAAAACAAAAAUAGGUACAUUAUAGCAAACAGAAGAGUAUCUAAGCUAUUUUUACUUUGAUAAGCUGAAGCUACGAAGUUUGCAAUUUUUGUGAGACAUGACUAUAAGGUACGAAAUAAGUAAAUAUCUAUGUAAGCUGUAGCUUUAAUGUCUUCUUAUUUGGUACGGAAGCAUUUCUUCUAUAAUUGCAUUUUGCAUUUAUUCCUAUUGUUAUUAGUUAAUAUUAAUUAAGAAAUACUUAUCCUUGUCUCUGAGCAUUUUUAUUGUUGCAUUACAACAACUAUACUGUGUGAUAUUCUUACCUUAUUAAACAAGGAGGACGGCGACGGUAAAUUCUCAUCUGCUAAAAAAAUUGAAAAACAGCUAGACUACCAAUAUUUAGAGUUUUCAUCAAUGCAUAAUCAAUUCAUCAUCUUCCAAGAUGUGUUUAAAAAAACUGAUCUUCUGUAACUCACUUUUACUCACUCGUUAUGUUUUAGCUGUUUUUUUAUAGGGGUUAUUGUAUCAUAAUAAUGCUCCAUCUCCUUUUGCAAUUCCGGCUGUGUAGUUUAUUUUUUUUUUGAUUUUUACAUUCCAUACUAACUGCACGGAAAGUGGGUUGAUUGAUGAGUUGUUUGCCUUUUUUUUUAUGUAAAUUUGUAUUUAUUUCUGGUAGUGGUGAAAGCAUAGUUAAUUAAUUUUCGGGUCAAAUCAUCUUCAUAAAACCAGAUUUCCGACAUUUUUAAAUCCCCACUAAUUUACUUGUUGAGUUUGUGUUUAAUUUUUUUAAAUUAGCAACGAAUAACUUUUUAUCAACGAACGAGGCGUGUUUUUUUUGUUCCAUUUUGUUUUAACUUGUCGAUUUGUUGGAAAUUCUUCAUUUGUUGAUUUUUGUUAAUAUUUGUGCCAUAAAAUGUAACAGUCAUAACAAGCGUACAUUCAUCACAGAAACAUGCAUAAUGCUUACUAAUUUUACCUUACAUUGAGUUUCUAUUAUAAUAAUUAAUACAAUUCAACCCAGCCUCUCUUAUUUGAUCCGUGGUAUUUAAUGAGUCAUCAUCAGUUACGUAAGAUUGCUUAUCGACUUUUUUCUAAUUAAUAAUUUAUUAAGAAAGCGGAGGAUGGUGGAUUCAUAUAGGUCUCUCAGUUGUUAAAACUUGUCCUUUAAAGAAGAACACCAGUUCUUCCUCUUGGAUAUGAUGAUAAUAAUUAUUAUUAUAAUAAUGCAUAAUACUUUAAUAAGCUCAUUUUACGAUAGAACUAUACUUUUAAUUGACAUUACUUAUUAUAACAAAUAAGUUUCACGUUUACCCUAGUUUUAGUUAUAGAAUUUUUUUAGUUAGUUGGGAGAAAAACUAGUUUUCUAUUUAGGUUCAAGCAUAUAUUCCAUCGAAAAGUAUAGCAAUCCAAAGAAAAUAUAUUAUGGUUGGCUCUGGACAAAUAAUGAUCUUGAUUACGAAGUACAGCUUAUUACUGCUAAUUUCGCAUUUAAUCUGAAAUACUUUCUUUUUUAAAAAGAAAAUUAUAGGACAUUCAUUAACUCUGAUUUGUAGUUAAAAUUUGAAAAGUAUGACAAAUCUACUCAAUAAUAAUGGUUCUUCAGUUCAUUACAUCAUAACGAGCUCUCUGUAGUUAACGUAAAUAUAUUGCAUUUUUAUUGGUUUGAAAUCGAAAAGGUAUUAUGUAUUAUUUACUCAACCGAGGUUUACUUACGUAAUGGUUAUUAAAUAUAAUGGAAAAUUCAAGAUGCAACAACUCUCAGAAACUCUCAGAAAUUGAACGUUUAUGUUUUUUUGAAGGAGGGAGAUACAUAUGUAUAAUUAUGUAUGUAUGAUACUGUAAACAUGUUUAGAAUAUCCGAACCUGUCACACGAACUACUACUACAAUAGCAUUGAUCAGUAAUAUUAUACUACCAACAAGAAAUGAAAAAGUAUGUUGUAAUAAUAAUAUCAGAAUUUUGUGUCUUUUCAUCAUAAUGAUAAUUUGAUGAUGACGACGAUUUACUAUUAUAAAAUAAUCAUAAAUGAAUAAAGUGUUUAUUUGUGUAAUGAAGAAAA